CACACUAGUGAUACACGAAGAAUUACAGCAUCAUGGAAUCCGAAAUAGAAAAGAAAUUCGCGGGUAAAAUGCGGUUUCAGUUGAGCAAAGGUGAGCUGGAAACGCAGAUUCGCAGCGUGCAUGAUCGCAUCGAGGAAUUCACAGCAAUUUCUGAUGCCACGAUCAAAGACAAGGAGACCACUGAUAUUAGCGAGAGCGGAUCCCCGACUGGUCUUAGCCCGCUCAAAGAUUUAUUGCAAAGUCCGCCUAUGGCGGAGGAACCGCAGCGGGACUCCUGGAUAUUUGAACGAGUCGAUGGUUAUUAUAUACCCACCGAGGAUGUUCGAAAGAUACCUGUAGAGCGGCAGGAAAAGCUUCUAAUGCGCGAUCUAAUCUACGCCUUUUCGGGUGUGCCUGCCUCUCAUAUCAAGCCCGAUCUGCCAUUCGAUAAGAUUGCGGAGCUAAGUGCUCGUGAUAUUGGGAAAGUGCGUUUCAAGAUUGAUGACGCAUUCUGCUGUGCCUUUCGUGCGCUGGCAAAUGAGCUUCUUCCGCUCAUCAGCUAUUAUAUCAGCGUGCAGAGCUUCGUUGAGGAGACUAGCAUGACUAGCAAUUGUGGACGGGUACGUCAGGCCUUGGCUGCCGCUUUUCAAGAGUAUCUCAGUAGCUAUUAUGAGCUGCAAGCCCAGUUGGAAACUGAGUUGCAUGACGGAAGGUUGAAUCUGCAGAAAUUGGUGCAGCAACUGCGUCCUUCGCUGAUCAUCAUGGAAGCCUAUGCUAAGGUUUCAACCACUGUGCGUGAUGGGAGGCUGAACAGUGCGCAGGUGCUUUCGUUACUCGACGAGCUCUACAAGGAUCAUAAGGAAGCGGAGGAUCUGUGCAAAGCUAUGGAGCAGUUGAUUGCGAAUGUAUCCCAGAGCUACAUGAAACUGGUACAGAUCUGGACACAAAAGGGUGUCAUCUACGAUCCGCAGCGCGAGUUCUUUAUCGAGGACACGGAGCGUGUGAGUGCCAUGAGCAGUACGCUUCUAUCUCCGGAGCAGUGUUGCUAUGAAUACUGGUUCAAGCGAUAUCGCUUGCAUUUGGAAAGACUGCCCAGCUUCUUGCUGCCACAUGCCGAUAUCAUAUUAAAUGCAGGAAAGUAUCUAAAUGUUCUUCGUCAGUGCAAUGUGCAACUAAAAUUGAUGCAGUCUCCGCUCACCUAUGCGCCCAACGACUCCCAACAUUUAGACCUGCUCCAGACCAGCUACGAGCUAUCGGCUCAGAAGUUGCUGCAAGUGCUCGUCAAGGAGCAAAACAUAAUGCUCCAUUUACGCAAUGUAUUUGGCUACUUUCUGCUUCAGCCGGAGCAAUUUACAGACGCAUUUAUUAGCCAUGCAGAUGAACAACUUCAACGGAAUGUAGAUCGCAUUUUACCCGAAAAGCUGCAGGGCUUGCUUGGCGAUGUGCUGCAGCCUAGCACUGAUCCAUUCAAGGAUCUGUUGCAUUGUGAGCUAAUGAUGUGCGAUUUGCUCACGCAACUGGCCAAGCACAUGAAGCGGGCUCAUUGUUGUGAUGGGCAGGACGACGCACAAAGUGCUGGAGACACCGAACCGGCCACAGUGAUGACCAGUGAGGGCGAAACGGAGCCGGACACACUGAACUUGUUUGGCUAUGAGGCGUUCACGCUGCGCUAUGAGGCCAAAUGGCCAGUCAGUCUUGUGCUGCAUGCAGAAGUCAUUUCGAAGCUGCAGCUGCUCCACCGCCUGCUCUUCUUCUUGCGCUACAUACAGCGACAGCUCGCGAGCUUGUGGCAUUUGCAGACCGAGGAUGUCAUACAGACGACUUGCUCGUGCAUGCUUCGACAGCGUAUGCUCAGCAGCGUGGUGGGUCUGGAGCAGUACAUGACCAAAGACGUUAUUGAGCCGCACUGGGAGACGUUGGUGCGCGCGGUGGAGAAGGCUCCUCACAUUGAUGACCUCCAGACACAAUUCCAGCUCUUUCUGGAUCAGUGUCUUCUCCUAUGUCUGAUCAGCGAGGACUCAACCUUUGUGCGUUCCAUUUUCACGCUGGGCCAUGUGUGUCUUAACUAUUGCAGAUACGUGGAGACGCCACCUGGCCGCACAGACUACGACGCAUUCGAGAGUGGCGUGGGCGAGUACGAGGAAGAGUUUAGCAGCUUCGUGCUGAGCAUUAUGGAACUCAUUGACGAGCUAGCCCAGAAGAGUGACUCGCUGGGUGUUUCCUGCAAGCAGCUGCUACGACGCUUGGAGAGCGUCCAUGGCCAGUUGCAGUCCGAGGAGCAGUCGACAACCAGCGAUUUGUAAAGUUUUAAUUUGUUUAUUUUUUGAUUUAUGAUGUUACUGGAGUUGGCGCCCAAUACUGCCAAAUUCGCCGUGCCUUCAAAUUGAAAGUGUUUACACAUUAAAGCCAACAUUGUUGUCAGCGCCCAA